AGAAAAAUGAAAAAAGAAAGAUACGCGCAACAGCAAAUCUGAGUUUGAUGACUGUAUUUUGAUCCUCGUCGCAGUCGCAGCAGCUCAAAAUCAGUCGUUGCUUGCCUCUCCUUCGCCCCAAUUCUUCUACAUUCAUUGCCAGAUUUCAAUCCCUAGCUCGAUCCCGCUUCUCGCCUCUGAUUCAUCGACUUCAGUUCACAGUAAUUUCGCAGAGAUUUUGGUGACCAUACAAUGCAGCGUCAGCCGGCGACAGUAGAGGAACAGUUGAUAAUAAAAGCAAUUACAGAACAAUGCCCCUGGGAGAGCCUGCCGAAGCGCCUUCAAUCCACCUUGAAUUCCAAGGAAGAAUGGCAUCGCAGGAUAGUUGAUCACUGCAUCAAGAAAAGACUUCUCUGGAACACUUGUUUUGCUCGCAAAGUGUGCAAAGAAGGUGAAUACUAUGAGGAAAUGAUGCGUUAUCUACGGCGAAACCUAGCGCUGUUUCCCUACCAUCUUGCGGAGUACAUUUGCCGUGUUAUGAGGGUUUCUCCUUUCAAAUAUUACUGUGACAUCUUAUUUGAAGUGAUGAAAAAUGAACAACCCUAUGACAGCAUCCCCAAUUUUAGCGCAGCAGAUGCCUUGCGGAUCACAGGGAUUGGAAGAAAUGAAUUCAUUGACAUCAUGAACAAGUGUAGAUCUAAGAAAAUUAUGUGGAAGCUGAACAAGUCAAUAGCAAAAGAACUCUUGCCCACAGAACCUGUGGACUUUGUGAUUGAGCCAUGGUGGGGAGUUUCUCUUGUGAACUUUACUUUGGAAGAAUUCAAGAAACUAUCUGAAGAAGAAACGGAAACAAUUGAUAAAAUCUGUAAGGAGGAAGCCAAUUCUUUUAUCCUUUUUGACCCUGAAAUUAUUAAGGGUCUAUAUCGCCGUGGGCUCGUGUACUUUGAUGUUCUUGUUUAUCCUGAUGACCGAUUCAAAGUUUCAAGGCUUGAAGGAUUUGUUUCAAACAGGGAGCAGUCAUAUGAAGAUCCGAUUGAAGAGUUGCUAUAUGCUGUGUUUGUGGUGUCAAGCGAAAAUUCAACUGUUGCUGAAUUGGCAUUGACUCUGCAAGCUGAUAUCACUCAGCUACAGGCUGCUGCAUCUUUUGCUUGUCGACUGGGAUGGGCAGUGAAACUUAUUGACCCCGCCUCCAUUCUUCAGGACUCUUAUUUGUCUGGAUCUCCUAGAAGUAUUCUCAGUGAUGAAGAAGGAGGUUCUCAUGGUAAUAUGGGCUCUGAAAAUUUACUUGGUGAUGGCAGCGGUCCUCAACCAGGAGAUGUAUUAUGGACAGAAAAUUCUAGACCUGCUGCUGACUGUUCUCGUGUAGCUUUUGUUGUCGAUGCUAAUAUAACAUCAUAUCUUAUGAUGGGAUCUGUUUCUCCAGGUCUGAAAUCUCAUGCCGUGACACUUUAUGAAGCUGGAAAACUAGGUCACACAAGCAUGGCUGACCUUUGCAAUGAUCUUAUGACUCUGGAGGGUGCUAAAUUUGAAGGAGAGUUACAGGAGUUUGCUAAUCAUGCUUUCAGCCUCAGGUGUAUUCUUGAAUGCCUAACAUCAGGUGGGAUUGUUACUGAUGGAAAACAGAGAAUGAACAAGGAGGACACCGCAUCUUUGGCGACUGAUGCUUGUCAGGGUGACAGCUCUCAAAAUUAUGGUGUGAAUAAAACAGAGUUCAAUAAUAGUUCUGCUGAGCUUCUCAUUGGAUUUAGUAAUGAUGAUAAUUUAUCUACUACUUUAUCUAAAGAAACCAGUUCUGCAGAGGAGUCUAAUCGAAGUAUUAGUUCCAAGUUUGAUGAAAUUUCCAAUUCUGUUGAAAGUUUUACUGCCAUAAAAGAGUUAAAGAAAAGAAGGAAAUACCGAGUAGAUAUACUUCGCUGUGAAAGCUUGGCUUCUCUGGCCCCAGCUACAUUGAAUCGUCUAUUUCAUCGUGACUAUGACAUUAUCAUGUCCAUGAUUCCACUUCCUCAUUCUUCUGUCUUGCCAGGAUCGAAGGGCCCUAUUCAUUUUGGUCCUCCAACACAUUCUUCUAUGACACCCUGGAUGAAGUUGGUUCUCUAUACUGCUCUCUCCAGUGGACCUCUUUCCGUUGUUCUGAUGAAGGGGCAGAGUCUAAGAUUACUUCCUGCACCAUUAGCUGGUUGCGAGAAAGCCCUUAUAUGGUCAUGGGAUGGAUCUACAGUUGGAGGUCUGGGUGGAAAAUUCGAAGGGAAUUUAGUGAAAGGACGCAUACUCUUACACUGUUUGAAUUCUCUUCUUAAAUACUCUGCUGUGUUGGUUCAACCUUUAAGUAAGAAUGAUCUUGAUGAUCGAGGAGAUGUUGUAACACUAGAUGUUCCAUUGCCCUUGAAAAACAGUGAUGGUUCAAUUGCUUGUAUUGGAGAGGAGCUGGGGCUAAGUGGGGAGGAAUGUUCAAAGUUAAACAUAUUGUUGCAUGAUAUCUCAAAAAAGAUAAAUUUGUGGACAAUAGGUUAUAUUCGCCUCCUCAGGCUAUUUAAUGAGAGAUACUCAGAAACAUGUUCAGUUGAUAAAGACAAGUAUGAAUGGGUUGUACUGGGUGCAGAAUUCGGUAUCCCACUUUUUAGCCCCAAAUUAUGCAACAAUAUAUGUAAGCGAGUGGUUUCUUCGCAGUUACUUCAAACAGAUUUGUUGGGUGAGCAUCAUGAAGCAAUGCAGGACCUAAGAGGCAGGUUGCUUUAUGUUUGUGCUGAGUACCAAGCAACAGGCCCUACUGCAAGACUUCUUUACCAGAAAGAGCACAUUAAGGGAAGGGAAUCAUCUCGACCAUUAAUGAACUAUGCUAGUGGAAGAUGGAACCCAGUUGCGGAUCCUUCUUCUCCUAUUUCAGGAGCCUUAAGUGAGAACCAAAGGCUAAAAAUUGCUAGCAGGCAGCGUUCUGGGACCGAAGUUUUGAGUUUUGAUGGUAACAUUCUAAGAUCAUACUGUCUAAGCCCAAUUUAUGAGGCUGGCGUGAGGCCCUUGGAAGAACCCGUCACUAACACUGGGAAAGGUGAAUCAGAGGAUGCUGAUAGCAAAGAAGUAACUCUUCCGGGUGUGAACCUUCUAUUUGAUGGGACUGAGUUGCGUCCUUUUGAGAUUGGUGCUUGCCUUCAAGCUCGUCAACCAGUUUUCUUAAUAGCUGAGGCAUCGGCCGCAUCUUCAUCUUUGGCAGUCAAACAAAAAGUUUAGAAUUCAAUUUCUCAUACUUCAGUUCAGAUCUCCUUGAGUUCUUACAUCCUAUAAUCUGGGUGUGUAUCACGGUUGUUGAGCUUCUGCGUUUCGGCCUGGUGGUGAUGGUUGCGUACUUGUGGUUACCAGUGGGCGGUGGUUGUUCCUGCCGAGUAUUCUUUUCAUCGACAAUAUACAUAUAUAUUUGAGGCGUUUACCCAUCUGAUUAUGAUUCAUUUGUUCUCGAGUGUAAAAAUGUUUCAAGUCUUUUGGCAAAAAAAAUUUUCUGUUUGUACACAUUUUGUUGCUACUAGUCUUUGGGAUGUAAAGUAUUCACUGACAGGCAAGUAGACGAUGCAAUACAGUUUAGCCGGUAAGACGUUUCUUCUCCAA